AAGGUAUCGCUGUUUGCAAUGUUUGAGUCAAUUGUUAAUAGUUUUUGACAAUUGAAGACAAUAUUUGAUUACAAACACAAACACGUGUUAAACAAUAAUCUUAAGACAAAAGAUGGGUGUUUCGUGUGUCUAUUCAUUACCGAUUCCGUCGGGUAAAAGUGGCCAACACAUGAUUGAAUUAAUUAGCAAACAAUUGGAAACAUUUGGCGCCCAAAAAUGCGGACAAUUUUAUGUGGAAUGCGAUACUUAUUAUUCGGUAAAUACGGCGAGUGGACCGAUAUCUGACAUAAUGGACACAAUGAUACCAUCGGGUGGUCAGACAUCACGUAUACUCAGUAUAUAUCAUUCAUCUGAGUAUCCAUUGAGUUGUUUUGCACUGUUGGACACGGGAUUAUCACUGGUGGCCGACGCCUCCUUUGAUGCCAUUGUCAUGAAUUUGUCGGCCAUUUAUAGUAACAAAAAGAUGUCGCGCUUUGACUGCAGAGGACAGAAGUGGUCGUUGAGUGACUUUGCCAUCCGAAUCGGUUCCUGUUCUUUGGGACCACAAUUCAAAGGUGUGCUAUUGGAGGUCGAAUACAGACCUUCUGUAGUGGCCAACCAUUGUUGGGAUCUCAUCAAAGAGUUGGCUCAAAGUCUAUGCUGUAGUGGUUUAUCGGAUACUAAUCAAUGGAUGGCAUCAAAAAUGAAUGAUAUUUAUUCACCAAUCGAUACAAUACAACAAUAUAACCAUUACUUCAAUCAAUUGCGAAAAGCCGUAACAAUAUCGUCGCUGACCACCAAUUCGGCCGCCAAUUCAAGUUUGCCGAACAAUACAACCAAUACUACGAAUACUAAUUAACUUUCAAUUAUUAUAUUAUAUUACAAAUGUAUAUAUCAUAUCAUAUAUUCUUUA